CGUGGAUGCGGCAAGCAUGAUGAUCAUCGUCAAGUUAAUCUUGACAAGUCCUGCAGGUGGCUGUGCUAAGAAUUUGUUGAUCGAUGCUGUUCACAUCACAUGACUGAAAAUGUGUCACAGCCAUCAGUCGACCUCAUGCGACUCAUGUGAUGCGAGCCCCAUGAAUGACGCAGCUUGUACUCUCAUUUCCAACGCCUCAACCACCACCUGCCUGAGAAUCACAGAACUGCCGGCACCUCGCUUGGGUCUCUUCUGAUGGCUACUUCGGAGCCGUGGAUUCAGCUGCACCGCGGGCAGGCUCACUCAGGCUCCCCGGUCCUCACUGGGAAGGAAACUAGCUGCCUUCCUGCGGUCGAUUCUCCAUGGCCCCGGCGCGUUCAUGCUUGCCCUUCGAUCGGAUGGAGAAGCGCUAUGAAUAGUCUGUGCCCGGAAGCACAAGCGUAGUCGCAUGAAGCCACGAACAUCACGCACGACGUCAUAUCUGCGCCGCACCCAGCCCACGUUGCCCGCGUGUCCAAUUCUUGCGUGGGAGCGGGCGGUGGCGCAUGAGGGGCUAAGGUUGUCUGCCUGUCUCUUUGUUUGUCUGGCAGGCUCCAAAUGACUGUACGUUUGUCUUUUGCCACCCAACCACGACGAUGCACGCCGCCGCUACGAUCACGACCCUCCUCUCGCUCUUUGCCAGCACCUACGCGGUCUCCAAUCUCCAGGGCCCCACCAACGCUGCCCCCGGGUCGAAUGUCACCGCGACCUGGUCCUCAGGCUCCUCUGACACCCAGACGAUGACCCUGGCGUUGCUCAGCGCUGACACCAACGUCACCUACCCGGGUGGAUUGGCUGUUGCCAACACUGUGGUUCCUGGCGACAACAAGGCCACGUUCCUGUUCCCCCCAACUGACCCUGGCACGUACAAGCUCGUCCUGUACUCUUCGUCCAACACGAGCGACGUCCUCGCGACGAGUGGAUCCUUCUCCGUUGGCGCCGCUGCCCCAGCCUCGACGGCGUCUGGCUCCACCGCCCCGCCGGCAUCGUCUGCAUCCAGCAAGCCGGCGACCUCCUCGGGGUGCGUGUUGCUUCCAUCUGUUCAUCUCGGAGCGUUCGGUUGGGGGGGCUUCAUCUGCACUCUAACUCGGAAUGCAGCCCCACCGCCACGGAUCCACCUCUCCACUGCUCCCUGCUCCAUUGCUGCUCCUAGCCUGGUGCUUACCCUUUUCGCAGGUCCGUGAGCCACAGCGUCACCGCGCCCAUCGCCUCGAUCACAUCGUCCGCCGCGGCCGCCGCGUCGUCCAUCGCCUCCGGCGCGGUCUCCCAGAUCUCGAGCGUCGUGUCAGUAGCCUCGGCUGGCGCAUCGUCCGUCGCCGUCAGCGCCGCCAGCGCCGCGAGUGCCGCCAGUGUGAGUGCCGCCAGUGCCGCCAGUGCAGCGAGCGCAAGCGCCUCGGGAGCCAGGCCCAGCUCCUCUUCCAACGCCGCAGUACCCACGCACGCCGGCUCCGGGAUGGGCUUGGCUGCGUUCGUUCUGGGCCUCUUCAUGCUCUGAGUGGGUGUGCGGGAGCUAGAUAGACGGACGGACGGACGACGGACUGCUCGCACUCUCUUCCAAAAGCCAUUCACGUCUUACUUGCGGUCUCUGUUUUGCAUCUGGGUGUACUGGACACUAGUUCUUUCGUCGUUGUUGUUGUUGUUCGUGCACGUGCGUGCUACAUAGGUGUAUGUAACUCUGUAUGUGCCUUCUUGCUUGUGAUACAUAUACCCUGGGUCGUUUUCAUCUCCACCGUGAUGGCUGAUGGCUAGGGGACGCCCGUGUAUGGACAUGUGUGAUGUCCUGGGGAGAGAUAAUGGCACAGAUGGCUGCCCAGAUCUUCCUUGGCCCGUCGUGUGAAUUGUGGGCCAGCCCGGGAGGACAAUGUCAAAAAUAUGAUGUCUCAAAAAGGAAAUCGAUCAGCCCCGACAUCAAUUCAUUGUCGUCGCGCUU